UCACAUAAGCCUCACUUUUGAGCUUGUAGGUUGUAUAGCACAGGGGUUGCGCCACAACACAACCACAUCUCAACCAACCAAUUUCACUUCUGGUUCAGUCUUUUCCACAAAUUCCCCAUCUCUCCGAGGCUACAAUGUUCCGGAGGUCCAUUUUGGAAAUUUCAUCCCGACAAAAGUUUAGAAGUAACCCCAGACGUUUUAUUCAUCAGAAGAUACCUUCACAUCUAUCUUCGCGAAAGGACUUCUCAAAUGCAUCGAGACCCGCUGGUGCCUCAGCUCCUGGUUCUACAGGAAAGCCGCCUGAGUCUCAUGGUUCUGGAUCGAAGUUUUUAAUUGGAAGUGCGGCUGUAAGUGCUGCUCUUCUGGCAGCUUAUCAAUUCGGUUUCUUAGAUAAAUAUCUUGAGCAGGAGAAGCUUAGUGUUCCCCAUGAAGAUCAGAUAGAUGGUACCAUUGGAGAUCUGAAGAAUGGACAACAUUCAAUAGAGGAGUUAGGUUCACUCAGUAGUGAGAAAUCUAACAAUGAAAAUCCUGCUGUAGAGCAUGCAGAGCAGAAGGUUGACACCCUUCUUUCACAGCCAGAAAUUGUAAUAGAAGAUUCAAAUGAUAAACCAAUUCCGAUGCAAGACAUUUCUGAUAUUGCUAAAGAUAGUAACGGGUUUCCUGAAUAUCCUCAAAGUAAUCUAACAUCUGAUGAUCCUAGUAAAGAGUCUGUGGUGCAAUCUAAUGGGAUUGUUGGUAUAAAAAGUACGGAAACAGAUGUUGCCCUAAGACCGGAAGAGGCAAUUCAACAUACAUCGACAUCUACACAGGACAAUGCAUUUAUAGACGAGAAUGGGACAGAAAACAUUCAACCGAAGCAACAUGAAAUAGAGGAAAGAAAAGAGAAUGUAUUAGGUAAAGAUAUAGAACAACCAGCCACCCUCCUUGAGGAAUAUCACUUAAGGAAUAAGUCGGAAGGAAGCCCUACUAAUUUUUUAUUUAGUCAUGCUGAGGACAGUCAUUUUCCUGAAGAUAAAGAGGCACUUAAUGGUGCAUUGGAGGAUUUGAAAGAUGGGUAUGCCACGUCCAACGAUGGAAAACUGGUUAUUGGUUUUGUACAAGCUAUCCAUGCUGCAGAGAAAAGGCAAGCUGGAAUAGAUGCACAUGCUUUCAAUGAAGAAAAGAAAGCAUUGAAGGAAAAAUAUGAAAAGAAGUUGAAAGAUGCAGCUGCAAGAGAACUUAUGCUUGCUGAAGAAACUGCAAUGUUGGACAAGGAGCUAAAGAGAGAGAGGGCAAAAGCAGCUCUUGCUAUUAGGUCACUUCAAGAAAAGAUGGACGAGAAAUUAAAGAUAGAACUUGAACAAAAGAAUAUCGAAGCAGAACAACAGUUGAAGAAAGUUCAGGAGUUGGCACAGGCAGAGUUAAAUGCAGCCAUAGCAAAUGAGAAGGCAGCCCAACUUGAAAAAAUGUCUGAAGCAAAUAUUAAUAUAAAUGCCUUGUGCAUGGCAUUUUAUGCUCGGUCUGAAGAAGCUCGUCAAAGUCACGCUGCACAAAAUUUUGCUUUGAGAGCACUUGCACUCGAAGACGCACUGUCAAAAGGAUUGCCAAUUCAGAAGGAAAUAGAAUCUUCACAGUCUUAUCUUGAAGGCAUAGAUAAAGAUUCAGUUCUGGAUUUGGUGCUAGCGUCACUUCCCAAAGACACAAGAAACAACGGCACUGACACACAACUGCAAUUAAAGCAGAAGUUUGAUUUCAUAAAAGGUAAUAUACGACACUUCACCUUCUUCCCACCAGGAGGGGGAGGUAUACUAGCACAUUCUUUGGCACGUGUAGCAUCCUUGUUGAAGGUUAGGGAAGCUGACCAAUCAGGUGAUGGGAUUGAAUCUGUCAUUAACAAAGUUGAGAGUUACUUGGCUGAAGGAAAACUUGCUGAAGCAGCAGAUUGUCUAGAAGAAAGUGUCCAGGGCACACAAGCUGCAGAAAUUGUUGCAGGUUGGGUGAAGCAAGCAAGAAACAGAGCUAUUUCUGAGCAGGCUCUAGUUUUUCUUCAAUCCUAUGCCAAUUCCAUUAGCCUUACAUAAUCAUCAAAUUUUGAAUAUUUACAAGACUCUGUUGAUUUAAUACCUAAAGUUGCAGAGAUUAUUUGGUUCCACAAAGGAUGCCAACCGGAAUUGCCUUGACUCACAAGAAAACAAGUUAGCCUUUUACUUUCAUAGCAGCUGAAAUUUGUUGAUUCUGUGAUAUCUAUAUAACUCCAUCGGCUUUGGCGUUUGGACCAAAGCGACAUCAUCAAGUUCUGUAUAUUUUUUUCUUCCAUAAACCGUUAAAAUGUUGCAUUGCUUAGUAUGGAAAUGUCAAUAAUACACCUCAGGCGACCAGGACAAGGUUGGACGUCAAAUGUCAAUCAGUGCUCUCUAUACAUAGUUCAGAUAAAUAAUACUAGUAGGUUCAGUUCA